GGCUCAGUUCUCGCGAGAACCGGAGGGCCGCCCCGGGCUGCGGAGGUGCACGUGUCUUCUGAGUCGUUCUGAAGUCCGGCGAGUGUCGUGAUGGGGAAGGCCAGGUCCGCCGGGCCGCGCGGGAAGGCCCUCGGGGCCCCGGCGGGCGCGCGGAGCGGCCGAGCAAGACCCAAUCCCAACCCAUUCGAGGUGAAAGUCAACCGGCAGAAGUUCCAGGUCCUGGGCAGGAAAACGCGCCACGAUGUGGGGAUGCCCGGGGUGUCCCGCGCGCGAGCGCUCCAGAAGCGCACCCAGACGUUACUAAAGGAAUACAAAGAAAGGGAUAAGUCCAAUGUAUUUACAGACAAACGCUUUGGGGAAUAUGACAGCAACAUAAGUCCUGAGGAAAAGAUGCUGAAGAGGUUCGCCCUGGAGCAACAGCGACAACACGAGAAAAAAAGCAUCUACAACCUAAAUGAAGAUGAAGAAUUAACUCAUUACGGCCAGUCUCUGGCAGACAUAGAAAAGCAUAAUGACAUUGUGGACAGUGACAGCGACGCCGAGGACCGAGGAGUGCUGUCAGCUGAGUUGACCGCGGCCCAUUUUGGUGGUGGAGGCGGGCUCCUUCCUAAGAAGGCUCAGCAGCAAGGCCAGGAGGCAGAGAAGCCAAAAUCCCGCAGAGAACUGAUCGAGGAGCUCAUCGCCAGGUCCAAGCAGGAGAAGAGAGAGAGACAGGCUCAACGAGAAGAUGCCCUUGAACUCACAGAGAAGCUGGACCAAGACUGGAAAGAAAUCCAGACUCUCCUGGCGCUCAGAACAGCCAAGUCAGAGAGCGGACGUGAACAGGAGAAACGCAGGCCUGACACGUAUGACAUAAUGGUUCGUGAGCUUGGCUUUGAAAUGAAAGCACAGCCCUCCAACAGGUUGAAAACGGAGGAGGAGUUAGCAAAGGAGGAACAGGAGCGGCUCGAGCGUUUGGAGGCUGAGAGACGCCGGAGGAUGCUCGGGAGGGAAGACGGCGGGCCCAGGAGGCCAGAGCACACGUCGGCGGAUGACCUAAGCGACGGCUUCGUGCUGGACACCGACGGCAGGCGCACGCUCUCCUACCAAGACGGGAGGAUGCAUGUGGAGGACGAGCCCCGUCCGGAAGCCAGUGAUGAUGAGAGCGGAGACGGAGGGGGCGAAGGCUCGAGCGCGGGGGACUCAGAGGAAAGCGAUGGCCCAGACAGCCACUCGGACCUGGGCUCUGACGCGGGGAGCGACGCGGGACACGAGAGGCUGGCGGAGGAGCAGCGUCUGACCCCCGUGAAGAGGUCGACAACCAGCGGUCAGGACGUCCAGGAGGCUGCCCGGGCCGAGCUGCCCUAUACGUUCGCAGCUCCGGAGUCCUACCAGGAACUGAAGUCUUUGUUAUCGGGAAAACCAGUGGAAGAGCAGCUUUUAGUUGUGGAGAGAAUUCAGAAAUGCAAUCACCCGAGUCUCGCGGUGGGAAACAAGGCAAAAUUAGAAAAACUGUUCGGCUUCCUCCUGGAGUACGUCGGGGAUCUGGCUACGAAAGAGCCACCAGACCUCGGCGUCAUUGAUAAGCUGGUUGCGCGGUUGUAUAACCUCUGCCAGAUGUUUCCUGAGUCUGCAAGCAACUCCAUGAAAUUUGUCCUUGGAGACGCCAUGCAUGAGAUGGAAGGAAUGGUUGAGACCACCGGCCGGGCGGCCUUCCCAGGCCUGGACGUGCUCGUUUACCUGAAAGUUGCUGGGCUGCUGUUCCCGACCUCUGACUUCUGGCACCCGGUCGUCACUCCUGCGCUGCUGUGUCUCAGCCAGCUGCUCACCAAGUGCCCGGUGCUAUCGCUCCCGGACGUGGUGAAGGGCCUCUUCGUGUGCUGCUUGUUCCUGGACUACGUGUCCCUGUCGCAGAGAUUCAUACCUGAGCUGCUUAAUUUCCUCCUUGGGGUCCUUUACAUAGCAGCUCCAGGGAGGCCAAGCCAGGGUUACAGCCUGGUGCCCCCGUUCAGAGCCCUCGGGAAGAACGCCGGGCUGCUCUGGGUUUCCGACGCAGAGGACGUGGCCACGUGGCAGAGGAGGAGCCUCUCGCUCCGUUGGGCAGGGGGCCGGAAGGCGCAGACGAGGACGGAGGCCAACCACACCAGACUGUCCUGCCUGGCCGUGUGUCUGGCCCUGGUGAAGCGCUGUGUGCUCCUGUACGGCGCGCUGCCAGCCUUCCACGACAUCGUGAGGCCCCUCAAAGCCCUCCUCGCCCAACACCUGGCCGACAGCAGCCGCCCCCUCGAGAUCCAGGAGCUGACCCGAGGCGUCCUGACGGACAUGGAGAAGCAGCCGACGCGCUGCCGGCCGCUGGUCUGCGAGAAGAGCAAGCCGGUGCCGCUGAAGCUGUUCAGCCCCCGGCUGGUCAGAGUCCUGGAGUUUGGGAGGAAGCAGGGGAGCAGCAGGGAGGAGCAGGAGCGGAGGAGACUGAUCCACAAACACAAGCGAGAGUUCAAGGGCGCCGUCCGCGAGAUCCGCAAGGACAACCAGUUCCUGGCCCGGAUGCAGCUCGCCGAGAUCCGGGAACGGGACGCGGAAAGAAAGCGGAAGGUGAAGCAGCUUUUUAACAGCCUGGCCACACAGGAGGGCGAGUGGAAGGCUCUGAAGAGGAAGAAGUUCCAAAAAUAAAUCAGACAAGGAGCUGCUGACUGUGCCGUGAGGUCAGGGGGAGUUCUUCCCGUCUUGGUUCCUGUCGGAACUCUCGGGACAGGUGCACUGUCCCAGUGGAGACCCAGCCUCUGUGAGAGCCGGUGAACUGGGAAUGACCUUUGUUCGUCACCCCAGACAAACCCCCGUUAAUCACAAGCCGUGGGACCGAUGGCUUCUGGUCAGCGCCGGUGGUCGGCCGAGCGUGAUUGCCUUCGUGUAUGGAAUUUAGAAUGUUACUUAAUGUUACCUAAAAUCUGUUACAAAUGA